AUGGAUGUGACAAACCAAACAACAGUAACAGAGUUCAUCUUUCUUGGGUUUUCUGGUAUUCCCCAACUCCGACUCACUUUAUUUGUGAUGUUUCUCAUUGUAUACCUGCUCUCCCUCACAGGAAACACACUCAUCAUUUUCAUUGUUCUGAUGGAUUCCACACUGCAGACACCCAUGUAUAUUUUCUUAGGAAACUUAUCCUUCCUAGAGAUAUGGUAUACUACUGCAACUGUGCCUAAACUUCUAGCUACCUGCCUGUCACAGUUUGUGACCAUUUCAGUUUCUGGUUGUAUAACCCAGUAUUACUUCUUCUUCUCCAUGGGGGCUACUGAGUGCAUACUGCUGGCAGUGAUGGCCUAUGACCGCUACCUGGCAAUAUGCAACCCUCUCCGCUACCCUCUCCUCAUGAGUCUUCAAAUUUGCAUGCGAUUUUCAGCUGGGUCUUGGAUUGGGGGCUUUAUUGCCCCAAUCUUACCUACUGUACUCAUCUCUUAUCUCAAAUUUUGUGGCCCGCAGAAAAUUAACCAUUUCUUCUGUGACUCAGAUCCCAUUUUCAAACUCUCCUGUUCAGAUACAUUCUUGGCAGAGGCCUUGGGUUACACCUGUAGCUCAGUCGUGAUUCUAAGUUCUUUCCUUCUCACUAUGUCCUCUUAUGGGCACAUUGUGCUCACAAUAAUCAGACUAUCUUCCCGGGAGGCUCAAAAGAAAACAUUUUCUACCUGUGCAUCCCACCUAACUUUGGUGACCAUCUAUUACGGCACAAUCAUCUUUGCCUAUGUCCGGCCUCCGGCCAAGUAUAACUUUACCAUUGGUAAAGUGGUGUCAGUAUUCUACUGUGUGGUUACUCCAUUAGUAAAUCCUCUUAUCUACACACUCAGAAACAAAGAUGUGAAGAAAGCUUUCAAGAAAACUCUAGCACGAAAGACAUUGCUCUGGGCCAGAAACAUCCAAGAUUUUUAG